AUGCGGCCAAUGCUUGACAUCACUUCCCGUCGCCACCCCAUCCAAUCCGCGCCCUCUCCCGCCUUGACGUCGAUGGUUGCUGACUACCAUCCCUCUGCUGGUCUCCCGUCUCUUGGCCAGGAAGGUGAGCAACAGAGGUCAAGAGUCGGCUACAGACGGAGCGGGUGCAAGAUGCCCAUGGGGACCACCCAUUUCCCCAAGCUGGGGUCGAGACGGAGCAUGACCGGGGCUCCAGUCGGUCUUGAUACUGCAAUUGCUACCCGAGUCUACGAACUAUUGGAUUCCAGACAUUCCAAAAGAGAAUGUGCAACCGCGGACCCGGACUUUCGGGGUCGCUGUCAGGGUCAAUCUCAACCUUUGAGGCCUCUGAGAGGUCAGAGGCGGGGCUACAUUCACGAUUCACCACACCAAAACCCCAGUCUCCCCAACAAGAUGCAAGCCCACGCCAUCAUGGAUUACAUGCAAAGUGCGAGCAUUUUGUUGGUCUGGAUUCCUUUGGACUGGUGGUGGUUCAGCUUUGCUGCACUGGAGAUUCGGAAGCGAUUCCAGUUCCCAGCGGCGUGGGCAGGUCCCUUCCCGCUAGCCAAGUUGGCGGCGUUAGGCCCCCGUAAUUUGGGCCCAUGUCUCUGA